AUGCAGUUGCUAAUCGGUUUUUGGGUUACUCUGGCCUUUGUUAUUUAUAUUUUCGCAGGUUUCACUGAUGGUCCAAAUAGAAUACUUUGGAUAAAGGAUCAAAGUUCCAAUCGAAACUUAUAUUUAUCCAAGUCAUCGGCUUCUUAUUAUAGACGCUUUGCUUAUUUAAAAUUUUCAAGGACGGCCAUUACAUUUCGUAAAAUUGCCAAAAUAUCGUUAAAUAAUCAACUUAGUCAAAAAUCCAUAAAAACCUACAGACAUUAUUUCAAAUUUAUGAAGUCGAAAACUAAAAAAGAUCCUACAUCCCAGACAGAUCUCUUGCGGGUGAGGGUGCCAGAGUUCUUUGAAUAUUUGUCGGCGAGGAAAACAAACGAAAUCUAUAACUAUUUCCACUAUUUAAAAAAUAAUGCAAAAAAAACAACCGUUUCCCAAGAACUAUUCGAUAAACACUUGGAAAGGAAACAUGUUUACUUGUAUAAAAACGUAACGAUGCCAAAUACUAAAACGAGAGAUUUUAUUAAUGUGGUUACCAAAGGAAAUUUCAAUGAAUCACUGUUACAAUCAACAAUAAGGACGAAAGGACCAAUAAUGGAGGUGCCAUUAACAAAAUGGCAUCUAAACAAUACUAUUGAAACGGAAAACUUAGUAUUAAAAGCAAGAAACCACAUAAUAUUACAAGUUCAGACGACUCCAAUAUCAAAACUAUCAUCUUUGGACUCAACAUCGACAUGUGACUUAUGUAUAGACUCAACUUCCCCUACGGAGGAAGAUUGUUUUCAUGCAUGCGAUUGUACCUGUCAAUUAAAAGAAGGCGAAGACUCUUGCAUUUGCGAUUGCAUUUCUAAACGAAGCACAAAAAAUAUUAAAGCCACUCAAGAAGUAAUAAGCAAACUGUUGAAAUCUGAACCUCAAUCAAGUUUUAUAACAGAAUUUCCAUUUGAACAAUCAAGUUCUCCCGCUUGCAAUUGUACAUGUCAAUUAAAAGAAGGCGAAGACUCCUGCAUCUGCGAUUGCGUUUCGAAACGAAGUACUUCUGAAGGGACAACAAAAUUUCCAUUUGAACAAUCAAGUUCUCCCGCUUGCAAUUGUACAUGUCAAUUAAAAGAAGGCGAAGACUCCUGCAUCUGCGAUUGCGUUUCGAAACGAAGUACUUCUGAAGGGACAACAAAAAAAUAUGAAACCACUCCAGAGGAAAGGAGUACAAUUUUGGCAUCUCUGCCGCAAAUAAGUACAACCUUACCAAAGUCAUCAAGCCUUUCGACUACACUAUCCAGUAGUUCAUCUGAAAUUUCGGUCACAGAAAAAUACGAAACCACUCCAGAGGAAAGGACUACAAUUUCGGAGUCUCUGCCGCAAAUAAGUACAACCUUACCAAAGUAUUUAAGUCCUUCGACUACACUAUCCAGUAGUUCAUCUGAAAUGUCGGUCACAGAAAAAUACGAUGCCACUCCAGAGGAAGGGACUACAAUUUUGGCAUCUCUGCCGCAAAUAAGUACAACCUUACCAAAGUCAUCAAGCCUUUCGACUACACUAUCCAGUAGUUCAUCUGAAAUUUCGGUCACAGAAAAAUACGAAACCACUCCAGAGGAAAGGACUACAAUUUCGGAGUCUCUGCCGCAAAUAAGUACAACCUUACCAAAGUAUUUAAGUCCUUCGACUACACUAUCCAGUAGUUCAUCUGAAAUGUUGGUCACAGAAAAAUACGAAGCCACUCCAGAGGAAAGGACUACAAUUUUAGCAUCUCUGCCGCAAAUAAGUACAACCUUACCAAAGUCAUCAAGUCCUUCGACUACACUAUCCAGUAGUUCAUCUGAAAUUUCGGAACAAUACGAAACCACUCCAGAGGAAAGAAGUAUAAUUUCGGAAUCUCUGACAGAACAAUACGAAACCACUCCAGAGGAAAGAAGUACAAUUUCGGAAUCUCUUCCACGAUCUAGUACAACCUUACUAAAUACAACCCUACCAAAGUCUUCAAGCCCAUCGACUACACUAUACAGUAGUUCAUCUGAAAUGUCGAGCACAGAAAAAUACGAAACCACACCAGAAGAAAGAAGUACAGUUUCGAAAUCUCUUCCGCGAUCAAAACAAUACGAAACCUCUCCAGAGGAAAAAAGUACAAUUUCGGAAUCUCUGCCACAAUCAAGUACAACGUUACCGAAAUCUUUAACCGAAUCGAGUACAAUAUCACAGAGUUUACUGCAAAUAUCGAGCACAGAACAAUACGAAACCACACCAGAGGAAAGAAGUACAAUUUCGGAAUCUCUUACUCCAGAGGAAAGAAGUACAAUUUCGGAAUCUCUGCCACAAUCAAGUACAACGUUACCAAAAUCUUUAACCGAAUCGAGUACAAUAUCACAGAGUUUACUGCAAAUAUCGAGCACAGAACAAUACGAAACCACACCAGAAGAAAGAAGUACAGUUUCGGAAUCUCUUCCGCGAUCAAGUACCACCUUACUGCAAAUAUCGAGCACAGAACAAUACGAAACCACUCCAGAGGAAAGAAGUACAAUUUCGGAAUCUCUUCCGCAAUCAAGUACACCCUUACCAAAGUCUUCAACAGAAUCGAGUAAAAUAUCACAAAGUUCACUGCAAAUAUCGAGCACAGAAAAAUACAAAACCACACCAGAGGAAAAAAGUACAAUUUCGGAAUCUCUUCCGCAAUUUAGUACAACCCUACCAAAGUCUUCAACCGAAUCGAGUACAAUAUCACAGAGAUCAGAACAAUACGAAACCACACCAGAGGAAAGAAGUACAAUUUCGGAAUCUCUGACAAGUUUCGGAAUCUCUUCCGCGAUCAAGUACCACCUUACCAAAGUUUCAACCGAAUCGAGUACAAUAUCACAGACAGAACAAUACGAAACCACACCAGAGGAAAGAAGUACAAUUUCGGAAUCUCUGCCACAAUCAAGUACAACCCCACCAAAGUUUUCAAGCCCAUCGACUACACUAUACAGUAGUUCAUCUGAAAUGUCGAGCACAGAAAAAUACGAAACCACUGAACAAUACGAAACCACUCCAGAGGAAAGAAGUACAAUUUCGGAAUCUCUUGAACAAUACGAAACCACACCAGAGGAAAGAAGUACAAUUUCGGAAUCUCUGCCACAAUCAAGUACAACCCUACCAAAGUUUUCAAGCCCAUCGACUACACUAUACAUUUUCAAGCCCAUCGACUACACUAUCACAACUCCAGAGGAAAGAAGUACAAUUUCGGAAUCUCUUCCGCAAUCUAGUGAACAAUACGAAACCACACCAGAGGAAAGAAGUACAAUUUCGGAAUCUCUGCCACAAUCAGAACAAUACGAAACCACUCCAGAGGAAAGAAGUACAAUUUCGGAAUCUCUGGAACAAUACGAAACCACACCAGAGGAAAGAAGUACAAUUUCGGAAUCUCUUGAACAAUACGAAACCACACCAGAGGAAAGAAGUACAAUUUCGGAAUCUCUUCCGCAAUCUGAACAAUACGAAACCACUCCAGAGGAAAGAAGUACAAUUUCGGAAUCUCUGCCACAAUCAGAACAAUACGAAACCACUCCAGAGGAAAGAAGUACAAUUUCGGAAUCUCUGGAACAAUACGAAACCACACCAGAGGAAAGAAGUACAAUUUCGGAAUCUCUUCCGCAAUCUACAGAACAAUACGAAACCACACCAGAGGAAAGAAGUACAAUUUCGGAAUCUCUGCCACAAACAGAACAAUACGAAACCACACCAGAGGAAAGAAGUACAAUUUCGGAAUCUCUUCCGCAAACAGAACAAUACGAAACCACUCCAGAGGAAAGAAGUACAAUUUCGGAAUCUCUUCCGCAAAGAUCAUUUCAAAUUUCGAGCACAGAACAAUACGAAACCACUCCAGAGGAAAGAAGUACAAUUUCGGAAUCUCUUCCGCAAACAGAACAAUACGAAACCACACCAGAGGAAAGAAGUACAAUUUCGGAAUCUCUUCCGCAAACAGAACAAUACGAAACCACACCAGAGGAAAGAAGUACAAUUUCGGAAUCUCUGCCACAAUCAACAGAACAAUACGAAACCACACCAGAGGAAAGAAGUACAAUUUCGGAAUCUCUUCCGCAAACAGAACAAUACGAAACCACUCCAGAGGAAAGAAGUACAAUUUCGGAAUCUCUUCCGCAAUCUUAUCACAGUAGUUCAUCUGAAAUGUCGAGCACAGAACAAUACGAAACCACUCCAGAGGAAAGAAGUACAAUUUCGGAAUCUCUGCCACAAUCAACAGAACAAUACGAAACCACUCCAGAGGAAAGAAGUACAAUUUCGGAAUCUCUGCCACAAACAGAACAAUACGAAACCACUCCAGAGGAAAGAAGUACAAUUUCGGAAUCUCUUCCGCAAACAGAACAAUACGAAACCACUCCAGAGGAAAGAAGUACAAUUUCGGAAUCUCUGCCACAAACAGAACAAUACGAAACCACUCCAGAGGAAAGAAGUACAAUUUCGGAAUCUCUUCCGCAAUCAAUCGAGCACAGAAAAAUACAAAACCACUCCAGAGGAAAGAACUACAAUUACGGAAUCUCAUCCACAAUCAGGUACAUCACUACCAAAGACUUCAACCCAAUCGAGUACAAUUUCACAGAGCUCACAUCAAAUAUCGAGCACAGAAAAAUACAAAACCACUCCAGAGGAAAGAACUACAAUUACGGAAUCUCAUCCGAAAUCAAGUACAACACUACCAAAGACUUCAACCCAAUCGAGUACAAUAUCACAGAGCUCACAUCAAAUAACGAGCCCAGAAAUAUCCGAAACCACUCCAAAGGAGAAAUCAACAAUUGUGGAAUCUCUUCCACAAUUAAGGACAACGUUACCAAAUUCUUUAAGCCCUUCAAAUACAUUACCCACACAAAUACGAUAGUUUUGUUGCAUUCAAAUAGUAAUGAUAAAUCAAAAGGACUAACUUUACCGAAUUCAAAUAUUGGUUCAACUUACGGUUUGAGCCGUUCGACAAGUUCUCAGCCUUUAGAUGCGGCUGUGCGAAGUGAUUUCAGAAAAAGACUUGAAGACAUACAAAAGAAGUAUACGAUUGGGAAUAACCAUUCAUUAAAUAAUUCAGAAUUUGAUGAAAAAUUCAAGAAGGUGAAUGCGACCUUAAAUAUGGUUGAACGGCGAACUUAUGUUAAAGCAAACGUUUACUCAAAUUUUACAUUCUAUGACAAGACACGAAUUGAGCUGGAAAGCUUAAUUUUUUUUAAACUGAACAAGAUAUUGAAAAAUGUUAACGAAACGAAUGCGACGCCAGCGUGUAUCGAACAUUAUAAAAAGAUGGCCAAAGAUCUAAUCUCAGGAUUGGUUAGGUCGAAUGCUGAAAAAUGGAAUAUAAUCAAAAGAAAUCAUCUCACAUGCCAUGUAUCUCAAAAUCAGAAUACUUCAAUCAGUCUACCACCAUUUGCAGUCACAGAUGAAGCCACAGAUCAAGGGAUUGAAACGCAGACUAAAUUGGGAGGAUUGGCAUUACAUUAUUGUAAUGAAGCGACAUUCAAUUCAAUAGUUGAUAAAAAUUCAUCUUCAAAUUCGAGUCAUGAAAUAUCUUACUCAUCUCGGGAUCCCUGUACUUUAAUACUCAAGAAAAUUCUACAAGUUCACCAGAAGAGCAAUCAUAGUUCUGAGUUAGAGAACAUCAUCUCUAAAAUAAGCGUGGCAGUUAUACAGGACCGGGAGAACAACAAAAAAGCAUUAUUGCUAAGGGAGUACUUGGAGUAUGAGAAAUUGCGUAAAUAUCUCGAUCAUAUUUUGGGGGGCAAGAUUGACGAAUGCGAUAUGCGACUCGCGGUAGUUAAGAGUAGAAAAUGUUGGAACUACUACACUAGACUGAAAGUUAUGUUUAUCAAAGCAAUGCAAGAAUCGAAUGCUAAGAAACAGAAUUUAAUUGGAAAUAUAUCAAUGGUGUGCAGUGAAAACGGAGUGUGAAAUAUGAAAU